CGCUGUACCGAACGAUUCGAUACAACUAGUAUACACAAAAGGUUUAAAAUAAGUACUUUUCUUGUGAGAUAAACAGCAAAGUGUGAGAAAGGAUAUUAAAUUGGCAACUUAAACGCAAAGUUCCAUCUUACAAAUCGUGCAAUGGAGCCCAUAUUAUAGUUUUGCGUGCGUCGGCUGCUGGAAAACGUGGUUUCAGUGAAACUCGACGAAUUGCACACACACAAACACUGCACAUACAUACACACGCAGUCAACAAACGCGAGGUCAAUAAGUUUGAAAAGAUAAGCAGGAUCAUGACCUUGGAAACGCAACCGGUUGGCGGCGGGCUGUGCGAUGGCAAGAUUGCUGGGUUAUAUGAUCUGGAGGAGACGCUGGGCUCGGGUCACUUUGCGGUCGUGAAGCUGGCCCGGCAUGUAUUUACGGGUGCCAAAGUGGCAGUGAAAGUUGUGGACAAAACCAAGCUUGAUGAGGUCUCUAAAGCGCAUUUGUUUCAAGAAGUUCGUUGCAUGAAGCUGGUGCAGCAUCCAAAUGUGGUUAGACUCUAUGAGGUCAUUGACACACAAACUAAAUUGUAUCUGGUGCUGGAACUGGGCGAUGGCGGUGAUCUCUAUGAUUAUAUAAUGAAGCACGAUGCCGGCCUAAGCGAGGAGCUGGCCCGCAAAUAUUUCCGGCAAAUACUUCGUGCGAUCACGUACUGUCAUCAGCUGCACGUAGUGCAUAGGGACUUGAAGCCGGAGAAUGUCGUGUUCUUUGAGAAGCUCGGACUCGUCAAGCUAACGGACUUUGGGUUCAGCAACAAAUUCUUGCCUGGCCAAAAACUGGAGACAUUUUGCGGCAGUCUCGCAUAUUCAGCACCAGAAAUUUUAUUAGGUGAUUCGUACGAUGCGCCCGCCGUAGAUAUUUGGUCGCUGGGCGUUAUACUGUAUAUGCUGGUUUGCGGCCAGGCGCCUUUUGAGAAGGCCAAUGACUCGGAGACGCUUACCAUGAUUAUGGAUUGCAAGUAUACGGUACCAUCGCAUGUGACACAGGAAUGUCGCAGCUUAAUUGCCACCAUGCUGGUUCGUGAUCCCAAGAAUCGCGCCACAGUCGAGGAGAUUGCAUCUUCUGCAUGGCUAAAGCAAACAGAUGAACCGGAUUCGGUUGAGCACUCACUGCCUCUGGUGAGUCGGCAGCAGUUAAGUGAAGAGGAUCAUGCCUUUAUUAUACAGAAAAUGAUAAACGGAAACAUUGCGUCCAAGGAAGAGAUAUUGCAAGCUCUGGAUAAAAAUAAGUACAAUCAUAUAACAGCCACAUAUUUUUUGUUAGCCGAGCUACGCUUGCGGAGGCGACGCGAGGAAGCGCAAAAACUAAAACUUAGCGAGGCUGGCUUAAAAAUGGGAGACCUAACUCGCAAACCCGCAGCCGAUAAACCAAGUCCUACAGAAAAUCCCAAAGUAGUUGUGCCUAUUAGUAUCAAUGUAACACCAGCAACCCAGUUUGGUAAUGACAAUGCCAAGCCAGACAAACGUACGCGUAAAUGUAGUAUUGUGCGUGAGGAGGAAGAAGAGGAGUCGGCUAAUGAGAGCUGUGGCGUAGGAAAUGAAUUAAAAGUGGACACAUCUCGACGUGAAUCAAUUUCCGAUGGUCGCCUCAAUCGUUCAGCGCUGGAUCGCUCCUGUGCCUCGGCACCAGCUCCAGCCGCCGAAGUGCCAAGUAAUGUACACACAAAGAUUGUUGUGUCUAAGGAUACGACGCUUGCUCAGAAGCUCAAGCAAAUGGAGAAGUGUGCCCGGGUAGACGAAGACACAAUAAGCGGCCUCAAGGAACUCGAAAUCGGCAAGCUGAAACCAUUACCCAGCAGCAGCAAGAAUCCAGUGCUGACGCAUCGCCGUACCAAACUAAAUAAGAUACGCACGCCAUCGUGCAGCAGCUCCGAGGCGUCUGAUGAUGAUACAAAGACACGUAACAAGAAGAAAAUCAAUAAGUUCGUUGGAGACACACCGAUUAGAUUUCGCAUGCAUCGCCGUGACUCACACGAUGACUCUAGCGAUUCGCAAGAUCAAUUGUAUCCUCCACCAGGCUCGAAUAGCAGUGGUGCCACUUUCAUUUCAAAUAGUAAUUCGGGUGUAAGCGGAAAAAAGGAAGAACAAGGAAGUAAAGAGCCAAAUAAAUCGGAGGAAACACGCAAAUCGCACACACAAAAGAGUAGGAAACAGCACAAGGAUCAUGUUGACAAGCAUUCGCAUGGCGAAAAACAGCAGCUGGAAAAUACAUCACGACGAAGACGUAUGCGCGAAAGCCAAUCCCUAGAUCGCAUCACAGAGGCUCAAGAAUACGAGUUGCGUCAUCGCAACUAUUUAAAUGAUGCGGCUGGAGGUGCUUCGACUGCAUCAAUGCAACAACAUAUCGAGCAAAGAAAUUCAUUGUUCAAUUUAAACACAUUCUCCGUUGCCGAAACUAAAGAAGAAUAUGACGAGGAGUCGGAAUUUAUUCCUGAUUCCGUUACCACGGACCAAACUAUGAACACAUUGAUUGCAGCCAAAGCAACUCUUCAGCAAAAGCAAUAUUUUAAUGACACCAAUUAUAGUAAGAACUAUAACAAUAGUAGCAACAACACCAACAACAACAAUAACAACAAAAAGAAAUCCAACGAAACACCAAAAGAUAUUUAUAAUCUAAAGUCAAUCGAAGAGAUCGAUUUGAUUUUGGAAGAUAAAAGCCUUACCAAAGCAAUACAUGUUACCGGCUCUAAAUGCUUUGUCACUAUGAAGAAAAUUCGAAGGCUAGGAAAAUAUUUUCCCGUAGUGAACUUUUCUUAAUACAUAGUUACCGUUAAACAGCUGCAAAGUGCAUUCUAAAUCUUAAAUCGUAGAAAAUAUGUAGUAAAUAUGCAUGUAUGUAUUUGUAUAACAAGAAUAAGAAACAAGUUAUAAAAAUACUUAUGCAAACAUUUAAUAUUAGUUGUAGCGUAAUUUAAUUUAUUAUGCAAUCUUUAAUUAGCAAUAAAAAAGGCACAUUUUUUGACUAUAAUAAUAACAUA